UCCGUCAAGACCGGCGCCGCGACGGUUAUCGGCGGUGAUUGGACGGCUUCGAGAAACCACCGAGAUGCUACGGCUAGAGCGCUCUCUUGGCGCCCGCGGCGGCUCGCAUGCUUGAGAGAGACUGGAGGCCGCCGGUGUCUCCUUCGUGCCGCCUCUUGCAGCUCCCGCCAUGGCCAUGUUGCCCACGGGGCGGCUAGGGAUUGCAAUCCGCCUUCUCCUGCGGCAGCAUCAACCACGAGCCUGUGCUGUAAGGAUGCUGAAGACUACAUGCUCCUGGCAAAGUGGAGCCUUGGCCAACCCUCCUCUGGACAAUGCUCCCAAAGAAUACUCACCCAAGAUUCAUCAGCUAGUUCAGGAUAUUGCUAGCUUGACGCUGCUGGAGAUCUCUGACCUCAAUGAGCUGUUGAAGAAAACCUUGAAGAUACAAGAUAUGGGACUCAUGCCAAUGGCAGGGAUGAUGCCAUCAGCGCAACCUGCAGCUCCGGCAGCAGACGAGGAAGAUGUCCCUAAGAAACCAGAGAAGGUCAUUUUUACUGUCAAGUUGACCGAUGUGAAGGCUGCGGAGAAAGUGAAGCUCAUCAAGGAGGUGAAGAACUGUAUGCAGGGUCUGAACCUUGUCCAGGCAAAGAAGUUGGUAGAAUCUCUUCCUCAAGAGAUCAAGGCGAACCUCUCGAAGGAUGAAGCGGAGAAGAUGAAAGCUGCGCUAGAGGCAGCAGGAGGGACUGUGGUUCUGGAGUAACUGCAUCAGCCUCACUGUCAAAGGACUACAGCAGAGCAGAGGCUAGCCUUCUGAUCUGUCUUGCCCACCCUUGGCAUUUUACUGCCUGCUGGCUGGUGGGGAGUGCUGUGCGAUCCCAGGAAGCUGUGCCCCACUUUGUUUCCUCUGCAAUGGGGGGUUUCUGCUGGGAUAGUCCAGUUUGUGGUGAAUGCCUUUGGUACCACAAGGUUUGCUGUUUGUACUAGCAUUGCAAAGAACUGAGUAUAAAGGCUAUAUGAGGGAGAACACCUUGGAACAA